AUGAGGUCCUCUGUCUUGGUGACUGAGGAUGAUAUCCGUCCUGAGGAUCCUCUCAUACAGCAUGCAGAGGAGGAAUCCUCUGCUCCGCUGCCGUCCCGCCAUGCCCUAUUCCGUCUGUAUUGGCUGACGGCCAUAGUCUGCUGCGGGGGCCUGCUCUUCGGGUACGACUCUGGCGUGAUCGGAGGGGUUUUGACCUUCGACUCCUUCCACCGGUCUUUUCGAUAUACCUCACAGAAUGAAACCCGCGUUAGUGCCAUUGCCGUGGGCGUCCAGCAGGCUGGCGCCCUGGUUGGCAGCUUGGUAAUAUGGCCCUUGACCAACCGACUCGGUCGUCGCCCUGCCAUGGCCAUUUGCUCCUUUGUUUUCUGUGCAGGGGUGAUCUUCGAGAUCCUCGACACCCAUGCUCGGUCUGCCUUUUACCUCGGACGUGUCAUCUGCGGCCUGGGUAUCGGAGGCUCAGCUACCGUGAUCCCGAUCUAUCUGACGGAGAUGAGCCCAACCUCAAUGCGUGCCCGGCUGGGCAGCUGCUACCAGUUCACCUUCACGAUCGGCAUCCUGAUCUCGUACUGGAUCGACUACGGGAUGCAGUACGCGCCCAGCAACGCCGCACAGUGGCAGAUCCCGCUGGCUUUGCAGCUCAUCCCGGGCGCUCUGAUGGGCGUGGGCAUGCUGACUCUGCACGAAAGCGUGCGCUGGCUGCUCUCCCACGACCACGCCGACCAAGCCUGGGACAGCCUGACGUGGAUCCGCGCCUCGCGCGGCCCCGAGGUCAAGGCCGAGUUCCGGGCCAUGCAGUCGGCCAUCGAGCGCGACGCCCACGCGACGGCCGACUUCUCCCCCCGGGAGCUCCUCCAGCGCGCCAACGCGCAUCGGUUGAUCCUGGGCGUCGCCCUGUUCGUCUGCCAGCAGUCCACGGGGGCUACCGCCAUGGCCUACUUUGGCCCGCAGUUUUUCGCCCUGCUCGUCGGGGGCAGCAGUGAUGUCUCGACGGCCUCUGACGCCACCGCCCGUCUGACAUUGUUGCUGACGGGGAUCUUUGGGUUUCUGAAGGUGAUCAGCUGCCUGCUUUUCAUUGUGUUUGUGGCCGACCGCUUCGGCCGUCGGCCGUUGCUGAUUCUGGGUGCAUUGGCCAUGUCGGUGUGCAUGCUUGCUACGGCAGCCGUUCUGCGAACCACCUCGGUUGCUCCGUCAUCGUCGUCAUCGCCGUCAUCGCCGUCGUCACCUGCCCAUUCCACCCCUGACCCUGACUCUGACCCUGACCAUGGACCCUCCUCGCUCUCGCCCGCCUCCCUCGCCACCAUCCUCCUGAUCUACCUCAGCAUCGUGGCCUACAACCUCUCCUGGGGUCCCCUCCCCUGGCCGUGCAGCGCGGAACUCUUCUCGUCGGCGCGGAUCCGCGAGCCCGGGGUGGCGAUGGGGGUGGCGGCGCAGUGGCUGUCGAACUUCGGGUGGUCGUCUGCGACGCCGUACCUGCUGCAGGGGCUGGGGUGGGGGACGUUUGGGUUGUUCGGGGUGCUGGAUGCGGGGUUCGCGGGUUUGGUGUAUGGGUUUUUGCCCGAGACGAGGGGGAUGGGGUUAGAGGAGAUCGAUUCUUUGUUUGCGGAUGCGGAUGCGGGUUAUGAAGGUGUCAGCAGUAGGGACGGGGAUGAUGCAGAGUAA